AUGAGGAUAAAUAAGGGGUGUGACGCUUCUGUAUUAAUAGAUCCAACAGAGUCCAACAACCAAACGGAGAAGACAGCUCUUCCCAACGUAACACUUAGGGGGUACGAAGUCAUUAAUGCAAUCAAGUCCGCUCUAGAAAAACAAUGUCCUGGUGUUGUUUCUUGUGCUGAUAUAUUAGCUUUAGCAUCUCGAGAUGCCAUCCGAACGGUAAAAAACAUUUCUUGGGAAGUUCCUCUUGGUAGAAAGGAUGGAAAAAUCUCUUUGGCUUCAGAUGCAGAUACUCUUUUACCAUCUCCAUUUUUCAACUUCUCAAGUCUUAAAGAAAAGUUCGCAUCAUUGGGCCUAACUACAAAAGAUUUGGUAGUCUUAUUAGGUUCUCACACCAUUGGACAAGGUCACUGCUUCGUCUUUCAGAGCCGACUAUACAAUUUCUCGGGACGAGGCGACACAGAUCCUUCAUUGUCUCCUAGUUAUGCUGCAUUCUUAAAGACUAAAUGCACGCCAAAUCCAAAUGACACCCAAUCAGUUGUUCCAUUGGAUAGGAUUACACCAAGAGUUUUUGAUGAAAAUUACUAUGUUAUGGUAAGCCAAAAUAAAGGGCUAUUCCAUUCUGAUGCUGCUCUUUUGACUAAUGCUGAGACUAAGAGCUACAUCUACCAGCAAAUUAAAACUAAGAGAUCAACUUUUGCUCAAGAUUUUAGUGCAUCUAUGUCGAAGAUGAUUAAACUUGGGGUACUUACUGGUAAUCAAGGUGAAGUUAGGAAGACAUGUGGUGUUGUCAAUGCAUAAACUAUGCUCUGGUUUUCGUCCCUCUCAUUUGUGAACAAACAAACAAAAUUGUUAUUAGCAAACUUACAAAGACACAAAGUUUAUAUUUUGUUAGUAAAUUUUUUUAAUUUUAUUGAAAUAGAAAUUAAUAAACUUGAAUAUUUCUCGUAAUUAGAUA